UGAGGUAAUCGGGGUAAACAGUAAAGAUGGCGACGUCUGUUGCUAGAGAGGGGCAUCUGAGUGUAAAUGGGAUUACUUGCGAGCCCCAAGCUAAAAAACUGACCGACCUGCCGACCGAGCUGCUCGAACACAUUUUGUGCUUCCCUGUCCUGAAACACGUCGACAUUUGUAACGUCUCCUGCUGCUGUAAGCGUCUCCACGACGUUUGCCAUGGAAGAGGGAAGGUCUGGGGACACCAGUACAAACGCAGAUGGCCAAGACUGCAGAAGUAUUAUCGACAGAAUGAGUGUUGCAACUGGCUGAGAGAAUACAGAACUCGCCAUAGAGUUGGUAUACAAAUAAGAAGGACAGUGGAAUCAGUUUCCAAGAGAUUCUUCACUGAAGUACCUUGCGUUGGCCAGGUGCUCGGAGAUAGCUUUGCAGAGAUCGAGUCGCUUGGAGCACCAGAGCACUUCUGUGAAGACGAGCUCCUCUUCAUACUCAAUUCAGAUAAGAGGAAAAGCUUGACAUUGAAGUACUAUGCAAAGAAGAUCCUUUACUUCCUUCGGCAGCAGAACAUCCUGAGGAGUUUGAAGACCUUUCUGGAGCAGCCUGCAGAGCAACAGUCAGCUCUAGAAGGUGCUGUGCUGGUCGAUCAGUAUUGUAACCCACUGGCAGAUGUCACUCUGGAGAGCAUAUCAGCCCAGGUGGAUGAGAUUACAGACAAGGUGAAGAAGAUGCUGAGAAUCAAGAACCCUUCCCACCCCAGCCUGAGGAUCACUCAAGGUGACUGUUUUGUCGUUGAGGACUUAGAGCUCCAGAGACAGGUGCUGUCCGCCAUCAAUUCUGUCUUAUAUGAGCAGCUUCAAUACAAGGGCAACGAAUUUGACUACUACAACCCUCUGAACUCUUACAUCCACCAGGUGCUACUACGCCACACAGGCAUCCCCAUAAGCCUAUCCAUCCUCUACAUGACAUUGGCAAGGAAGCUGGGCGUUCAGGUGGAGCCUGUCAACUUCCCCAAUCAUUUCCUGCUGCGUUGGUGCCAGAAACCAAGAGGGAGUGAAGACAUCUACGACUUUAUCUACACUGACGCCUUUGGUAAAGGCAAGCAGCUGACCGCUAAGGAAUGCGAAUACCUCAUCGGCCACCAGGUGACGGCAGAUUACUACAGUGCCAUCAGUACGACCGAGGUGCUGCUCAGGAUGGUGGGAAACCUGCUCAACAUCGGCAAGAGAGGAGAGGGCAAUGAGAAAUCCUACCAGCUACUGAGAGACUCUCUGGACCUCUACCUCACCAUCAACCCAGACAACGUCCAGUACCUGCUGCUGCAGGCUCGCCUCUACUUCCACCUCGGCAUCUGGCCAGAGAAGGUGCUGGACAUCCUGCAGCACAUUCAGGCCCUGGAUCCCUCCCAGCACGGCGCAGUGGGCUACCUGGUGCAACACACACUGGAGCACAUCCAGCAUAAGAAACUUCCCGUGGAGCCCGAGGUGAAGAGGCAAGGUGCUGCAGAGCACCUGGAGGUCCAGUACUCUGUGGGCCUUAUCAUGAAACACAAGAGGUCAGGUUAUAACUGUGUGAUCUACGGCUGGGACCCCAAGUGCACCAUGAGCCAGGAGUGGAUCACCACCAUGAGGGUCAACCAGCUGUCCAACGGGGCCAACCAGCCUUUCUACAACGUCCUGGUGCAGGAUGGGACGUGUCGCUACGCAGCACAGGAAAACCUGGAGCCACACUCAGAGCCUCUGGAGAUCGGCCACCCAGAGGUGGGGCGUUACUUCUCCGAGUUCUCCAACACCCACUAUGUUGCCAACGAAGAGCUGCAGACACGGUACCCAGACGACAUGGUCAAGACCCUGAGCAUGGUGCAGGAGCUCUACCACAGACUGGCGCCCAGCUCUGACCACCAAGACCAAGCUCCUGCCACAGACCAAAACAGCCACCAAGCCAUGCCCAUGCAGCAGAGUAGCUCUCCCCAAUAACCUGCCAGCCCAGGUCACCCAUUCUCAAUUCACAGUCCACUUAGCUGUUGUUUUACUUCAUAUAUUUUAGGCUCUGUCUCAUUUACUGAUUCACAAGCGUAACAAUGAGGUUACUGCAGCGGUAACAUUACCAGUCAGCGUAUUUCCAGAAACUGAUCAUUUGGGGUAGCAAAGAAUUAAUAAAUCAGUCGUGAUUUUUGCCGCAUCCCUUCAGUGUUCCUGUACAGCUUUGGUAUGUAAGUAUGGAAAAUGUAUUUGGUCAUUUUCCAAUCUGGAAAAGUGCCAUAACUUUAGUGCAAAAAGUCCAGAAAGCAUGAAACAAAGGUUAUUCAUUGCUGAUACACAGUGGACACCUGUUACUGUCACAGAUCCUGUCAUUUCACUUUAAAUUUGUUGUGAAGAAUAACCUCUCGCUAUAAAGAGAUAUGACCUCGUUUACAGUCAUGAAACUGCUAUUACAAUGCAUCAUUCUGACCAAUCAAAAUAUUCAAAUCCAUUUAAGGAAUUGUGGUAUGUAUUUAAUUUUAAAAUGAAUUGUGAGCAGGAACCCUGCUCCUUUUUAUUUAAACUUUACUUUUAAAUCCAAUGUUAGGGAGGAAAGGAUUUAGACUGGGACAUUUGAAGAGAACAAUUAAGCGGCGCAGUAAAUUCAGGAUGGGUAGCCAGGUAAAUCUCACCUAGCCAUGAACCGACCCACCCCACCCCACAUACACACACACACACCCCACCCACCAUACUUGCUCCUCAUUCUUAAUACUCCCUAUAUAACACACAUCCAAACACAGAGAAUACAUUGGAAAUGGACUUUACUUUUAUCUCCCUUUGAAUUACAUCUUUUAAUCAAUUCUCAUGCACUUUCACAUUUCUAGAGCAUCUUAAUUUUUUUCUGUAUAUUUACAAGUGAAACAUUGCAGGAUGUCUGGGCUCAUCAAUGUUGUUGAGCUGUUGAUGGAAAAUAAAACAAAGAAAAGUCUACAAAAGAGGAGCCAACAUGGACAAUGUCUUGAAACAGAAAUGAUUAUAAGCUCUGUGGAAAUUUGCAAAUAAAAUGUUUCAAGGCUGUU